AUGUCUCUCUUUGGUCUCGGAGGUGGCUCUGCCCCAGCAAACACUAGCGCCGUCAGCUCGGCCCAGAUCGAGGCUGCCACCGCCGAACUCGAGAUGGUCACCGAUGUUUUCAACCGCCUCGUCUCGUCUUGCCACGCCAAGUGCAUCUCGACAAGAUACGCCGAGCCCGACCUGAACAAGGGCGAGAGCAUCUGCAUCGACAGAUGCGUAAGCAAGUUCUUCGCCGUCAACGGAAAGGUCAACGAGCUCAUGCAGUCGAUGGGCCAGGCCGCACAGGGCGGCGCCCCAGGAGGAUCUGGAUCGUUCUUCGGUUAA